AUGCACAGCUUCAGUGUCAUCUUCCAUGACAAGGAGGGAGGUAAAGGGGCAGGCAGCUCCUCCAGCCCCGUGGCUGCAGCUUCGGUACCACCCCUGGCCCAGGCCAGACACCCACCCAUCAGCAAGGGGGAGAUCUUCAAGCUUCCAGGCAGGCUGAGAAUCCAGCCCUCCCUGUGGAGCAAGGAUGACGUGAUGCACUGGCUGAGGUGGGCAGAGGCAGAGUAUUCCCUGCGGGAAACCGACGGCAGCAGGUUCCAGAUGAAUGGCAAAGCCCUUUGCAUCCUCACCAAGGAGGACUUCAGGCACAGAGCUCCCAGCUCAGGUGAUGUGUUAUACGAAAUACUCCAUUACAUUAAGACUCAGAGAAGAGCCCUGGUGUGCAGCCCUUUGCUCAGCUCACCCUUCAGGGAAGCAAGGACCACUGAGGAAGGACUUUGGAAGAUCUCCUGGGACCUGCCAUCAUGCACCAAAGAGGUUUUUUGCUUUGCAGGGACAGGCUGUGGUUUCCAGGCUGCCCCAGGUGCUGGUUCCUCCUGCCUGGGUUGUGCAGGACAACCUGUGUCCCACAGCCACGUGGGGCCACUGAACCUCUCCCACCACAGCUCAGAGGACAGCUGCCAGCCAGGGGCCAUCUGCUCGUUCCCUACAGCCCUGUCAGCUCCAGUGGCUGGAAAAAUUGCAGACUGCAGGUUGCUGUGGGACUACGUGUACCAGCUCCUCUCCGACAGCCGCUACGAGUCCUACAUCAAGUGGGAAGACAAGGAAGCCAAAGUCUUCAGGGUCGUCAACCCCAGUGGACUUGCCCAGCUCUGGGGGAACCACAAGAACAGGAUGAACAUGACCUAUGAGAAGAUGUCCCGGGCUCUCAGACAUUACUACAAACUCAACAUUAUCAAAAAGGAGCCAGGGCAGAAGCUGUUGUUCAGGUUUUUGAAGACUCCUGGGAAGUCCAUCCAGGAGAAAUCCAGCCAACUGGAGCAGCUGGAGAACGAGGAGCAUGAGGAUUUCAAAGAUGACCCACUGGAAGUUUCACCGUAG